AUGUCGAUGAGGGCAGUCGUAUUCAAGGGCGUCGGCAGCAUCCAGGUCGAGGACCGCGCCAUCCCCACCAUCCAGGACCCCCGUGAUGCAAUCAUCAAGGUGACUGUGGCCGCUCUGUGCGGCAGCGAUCUCCACUGGUACCGCGGACACCAAAAGAUCCCCGUGGGGUUUGUCCCAGGCCAUGAAUUUGCAGGGGUUAUUCAUGAGUUGGGAAAUCAGGUCACUGGGCUCAACGUGGGCGAUUCGGUCGUGGCGACGUUUACGACCCAAUGCGGCGAGUGCUUCUACUGUAAAAGACGCCAAACAAGCCGUUGCGCGAGAAGCUUCUUGUUCGGUAACAGCGCCGGCACCACGAGCAUUGACGGUGGUCAGGCCGAAUAUGUGCAAGUGCCAUACGCAAGCUCGACUCUCGUCAAGAGGCCUAAAGAGAUCCCGGAAGACAUGCUCGUCCUGAUGGGAGACAUUUUCCCUACAGGGUACUUUGCAGCCUCGCGUUUCCUGAAGAGUGUGCCACAAGAAGAGGCUAGAUCUUCAACCACGGUUGUUGUUGGAUGUGGUCCCGUCGGCAUCUGUGCCAUAGCAGCAGCGUCCCGAUGGUGUGACAAUAUCAUCGCCGUCGAUCUGGUCCCGGAGCGACUUGAGGAGGCGCGCCGUCUUGGGGCGAGACCGAUCCUGCUGUCGGAUGAUCCCGUCUCAAAGGUCCUCGCAGCAACCGAGGGACGCGGUGCAGAUGUAGUUUUGGAGGUCGUCGGCAAUGCCGCUGCAAUGAAGCUAUGCGUCGAGCUUGUGCGUCCCUUCGGAAGCAUUAGCAGCGUCGGUGUACAGACGGAGCAGCUUGCUUUUGAUGGUCCGAGCCUAUACGCCAAGAACGUCACUAUCGCUUGGGGUCGGUGCCCUGUCCGCGGUAUCUUUGAAGAGGCACUCGCCUGUUUGAGCAAGGUUCACGGUAAGCUGGCGUUUUUGUGCCAAUGUCGGAUGAAGUUGGAGGAGGCACCAGAGGCGUACGAGAUUUUCAGCGCUCGAAAAGUUCACAAGGUGUUGUUGGGUCCGUGA